AGGGUUUUUGUUUGAAAACCAAGUGGCCUUAACCUUAUCCUCUCUGGUUAGGUUCUUCACGUAAUAGCUUAUUCUUCCAUGGAAACUUUACCAAACUCCGUUUCAAAUCUCAAACUCUCAUCCCUUCCACCACCAACAUCAACACCAAAUCGUGAAUUUCAUCGCUUCACAAGAACUCCUCAUCCAAUCCCUAACCGGCCUCCAAAACCAAAACCUCAAAAAAUCAUAAAUUUCCUACACAACAAUCACUCUCUACCAUUUUCUACUUCAACAACCCCAUCUGUCAUACUCAAACAAUCUUCUCCAAUAUUCCAUCACAAGCCUGCUACUGGAUAUGCUGCUGCAAUCAUAGAUGUAGCUCAAACCAGCAACACACUUCAUGCAGUUCAAAGGGAUGUUCAUCGACUCUUGAAAUUCCUCAGGAAAUCGAAACUUGAAUCAGAUGGUGGUAUUAUUGAUGCUUCGGCGGUGAGGAAGGUGGUGGAGCAGGGGAAUUUUGAGCGGCAUGUGGUUGGGUUGGUGAAGAUGUUGAUGAAGAAGAAGAAAUUGGGAAUGGUUGGGCAAGUGUUGGAAGAGUUUGAGAGGAUAUAUGAUGAAUUGUGUGGAACUCAAAUUGUGUUGGUUUCAUCGAAAAGAGAGAUUGGUAAAGAUGAAAUGUUUGGGAUUGCAAAAUCUGUGCACAAAUUAAGUGGAGCAGUUAGGGUUAGGGUUAGGAAUUUUGUUCAAGAUUAGAACAUUUUUAUGUGUGAAAAAAAAAAAUGUAAUGCAAAAAUAUUGAAAAAGUGUGCACAAACUGAUAUGAUUUUGAUGUGCAUGGAUCAAACAGAGAGGUUCAAUAAAAUUGCAGAAUUUUGCCUCA